GGUGGCUUCCUAGGGCGAUGAAGCGCCGGGAGGAGAUGGAGCGCGGGCUGCUGUGGAAGCUACCGCUGGUGAAAUCGUCCGAGUGGGGUAAGCUCGGCCCAGCUUUCGGCGCUGGUGUGGGCUGCGGUGUCGGUGUCGGCGCUGGCAUUAUCGGAGGUGCCGGCUUGGGAUUUGGUUUCCCGGGAUUUCAAUUCGGAGUGGGCUUAGGUGCCGGAUGCGGCAUUGGUGUCGGUUUUGGAUACGGGCUUGGCAAGGGACGUGCGUACGAUGAGAAUGGAAGCUACAGCAACAUGGGUAGAUAUUCAGCAAAAAAAGCUGCUUCUAGCGGUGCCGAGAUCCGUGCUAUAGUUGACGACUUUGUGUCUGGGAUGCGGCGAGCUUUGGCGAGCUGGGAGAGUGAGCUGCAAAAGAGGCGGAGGUAGUGAUCGUGCGCCGCUCGUUCGUUCCUCGUUAUUCUUUCGUGGGCCUUCACUCACUCACGCAGCGGUUCGUAAAUAUAAAGCACGCGCAGUUUUUCCUCUUUUUU